AUGUUACAGUUUCGGGGAUUAGUUUUGAUUCUGUGUCUGGUCCUGGCCUCCUCCUGUGUCCAGGCCGGGGAUUUUGGCAUCGUCCCGGAUGACAGGACUUCCAAGUCUCCUUGGCUGGUGUCUGUGAAAGAAAGUUGCGGUUCAUCAAUAGGCGGCGGAUCCCUGAUCUCCAAGUUUGUGGUGCUCACUUCCUGGGUAGUUAUUGCAUACCGUAAUGCCAGCGAGCUCGUAGUGCGCAUUGAAAAUAGUCCUUCGUUGAUGGAAGUGAGAGUCAGGUCGGUUGUGCGACAUCCCAACUUUAAUGUGACUACGGGGGUCAACAACCUGGGCUUAUUGAUCCUUAAAAAAUCCAUUGAAUUUAACAACAAAAUUGCUCCCAUCAAUCUGGCGGCAAGAUCUUCAAUGAGGAUCUUGGACCUCUCUAGCUGCUUUGCCGAAAGUUCCUACAAGAAGACAUUGCCGCUGCCGGUGGUGCAGACCGCGACCUGUGAGCAGGAGCUGCGACGAUGGCUUGUCUUCUCCUUUCCGCUCGAUGACAGCCUGUUGUGUGCCGGCGGUAGAAUCGGAAUCUGGGAAAGUGGCUAUCCACUCGUAUGUCCUUUGGCCAGCGAACCCUCGAGGUUCCAGCAGGUGGGCAUUAUUAACUGGCACCGCAACAGCGGAGACAACUCGACUUUCGAUGUCUACACCAAUGUGGUACGGCUUAGUGGCUGGAUUUUCCGAAAAGUCAUACAGCAUUCAUACGUUGAGGAUCCGGAAGGAAAUGAAGAGGAAAUCAAGUGUCCAGAUGGAGAGAUCGCCGAUUUUUUUUAUUUCGGUCGAAGAGAGCGAGCCAACUAA